UAUAAAAGGUGGAUCUGCCACCGCGGGCGAGUUUUUCUCAUAGCGCACUCAGGAGGCUGCAAUGUCAGUGUAGAGUGGUCUCUGCGGGCAUAGGUUUUCAAUCAACGAACAGUGUUUGCUGCUCAGUGCAGGAUGUGGAAUACUAGAUUACCUGUUCUAUUCGGUCUUGUGGCCUUAGCAGUAUUUGCCAAUGGCCAGCAAGCUUACAAUUACCAGCCGCCCCAGCAGCAACAAAGCCGCGACAAUUCACAGUACCUUCCCCCUGAACAAGCUCAGGAUGCCGCUGCAAAUCAGGGCUCCGCAAACCAGUACCUGCCUCCCGAUGAGGACCGCAACCUGCUAUCUGAUGCCAAUGAAGGCUCGCAGCAGAUCAUUGGUCUUGAGCAACCCGAACAGACGGAGGAGCACCACCACCACCACGAUGGGGACCACCACGAUCACCACGAACACUGGGAUCUCAGGGAGUCUAUUCCCGGAGAACCUGGUGAGGAUUACCCUUUGCACCACUCGCCCCCAGAUACAGGAUUCUCUUGCAGUGGAAGAUUAGUCGGUUACUACGCUGAUGUCCAAGCGGGCUGCCAAGCAUUCCACGUUUGCAACGGUGACGACUCUCCACCACAAUCUUUCCUCUGUCCCAACGGUACGAUCUUCAACCAAGAGGUUUUUUCCUGCGAGUGGUGGAACAACGUUGAUUGUGCUGCUUCCGAGUCUCACUACGAGAAAAAUAGCCAAAUUGGCGUUGUGAUUCCUUACAAAGGCGAACGCAUCCCUGUGCUUCGAGUGCCGAGCAACUUGGAAAACGCUGAAAAUGAUAUCAACUUCCAGCCAGCAUCAAGUAAUGAGGACGAAAGCCGUUUAUACCUGCCACCAACCUCGACAUUGCCCCCAACCACGACCCGUCGUCCUCCUCCUUCGAGCACAUAUCUUCCACCCCCAACGACAACUCGUCGACCCCCGCCUACCACGUCCCGACCAACUUUCAGACCAAUUGUGGUGGCUGAAUUGCCAACCAACGAAAUUCAGCAAUCUAAUGUGAAUAAUAAUUUCCAAGGAUACGAUUAUCCCAAACCAACCACCGCGCAGCGACCUAUCUCGGCAGGUCCUUCCAACAACCUUCCUUCGUUCAGCGAAACCGAUGGAUACAACUACCCAAAACCUGACGUUGGACUGCCGGUGCCAACUUACCGGCCAGUUACAACCACCACCACUCGCCGUCCCGUUACGACCACUCGUCGUCCGGUUACUACAACCACCCGUCGACCAACAACCACAAGGAGGCCUACUACAACUUACAGACCGAUCAACACAGGUCAGUCUAACCAAGUACCUUCAUUCGGUGAAACUGAAGGCUACAAUUACCCAAAACCCUCCGUUGGUCUUCCCAUUCCCACAAGGCGGCCAGUUACCACCACUCGACAGCCAAUUGCGCCCGGACCAUCCAAUCAACUACCUUCCUUUAGCGAAACCGACGGAUACAGUUAUCCGAAACCAUCCGUCGGAUUGCCGCUUCCUACGACCACCAGGAAACCUAUAACUACCACUAGAGCUCCAGUAACAACUACCAGGGCGCCACCGACUACCACAAGGCGACCCACGACAACACAAGUUAUUGUUACGAUUGCUCCUGGCGCAUCUGAUUCCAAUCAAAAUUUCCAAGGCUAUAAUUAUCCUAAACCCUCAGUAGCAUUUCCUUUGCCCACUACAACGAGGGCACCUGUCACAACCACAAGGGCACCUAUUACAACCACAAGGGCACCUGUGACCACCACUAGACGACCCGUUACUUUUAUUACCUCAACAAUAUCCUCUGGCGAAUCAAAUUCUAAUCAAAAUUUCCAAGGUUAUGACUACCCAAAACCCUCAGUAGCUUUCCCCGUGCCUACAACUAGUAGAGCUCCUGUGACAACCACAAGGGCUCCUGUGACAACCACAAGGGCUCCUGUGACAACCACAAGGGCUCCUGUGACAACCACAAGGCGACCCACUACUAUUUACACGCAACCUCCAAUUAUCGAUUCAGGCGAAUCAAAUUCCAACCAAAAUUUCCAAGGCUAUGACUACCCAAAACCUUCAGUAGCUUUCCCCGUGCCUACAACUAGUAGAGCUCCUGUGACAACCACAAGGGCACCUGUGACAACCACAAGGCGGCCUACUACUAUUUACACACAACCUCCAAUUAUCGAUUCAGGCGAAUCAAAUUCCAACCAAAAUGCCCAAGGUUAUAACUAUCCAAAGCCCUCUGUGGCAUUCCCUCUACCAACAACAACCCUGCAGCCUGUGCCCACUACCACCACCACCACCACCACUCGCCGACCUGUCAUUUCUACAUCCCAGAGACCAGCCAUUGCUGAAACUAGUGGAUAUACUUACCCAAAGCCAUCAAUUCCUUUUGAGCUCCCGGCAACUACCCAAAAACCAGACUCCUCAGAGCUCAGUGAUUCAGCAGCUGUCGGUGGAUACAGUUACCCUAGCCCCUCUAUUCCGUUUGAACUUCCCACUACCACCAGACAACCUAUUACUGUCACACAAGGGCAGCAAUUCGCAGCAGAUUCUGAUGAUUUCUCCAUUGCCAGCACCUCUCAACCUUCGUCAGCUGCAACUGUAGGUGGCUACGAGUAUCCUAAACCCAGAAUACCCUUCGAGCUUCCCUCAAGACCCUCACUGCCCUUGACAGCUCCCUCAGAAAACGAAGGCUUCAGCCUGCCUUCACCUGGUUCCCCAUUCAGCAUUUACCAAAGAAACCAGCAACCGCCGGCGAGCAACGCCAAUCUGAUCAACCAAGAGUACCAAAGCGCCUCUGCCUAUCCUCCUUGCAUCCACACCCAACAGCAGCAAAAUGCCGAUUUGACCAUUGUCCCUGAUUCAGAGCCAACCGUUUUAAAGCAAAUUCUUCCACCAGUAGGCGAUAACGGCGAAGGCUCAGCCGUGGUGAACGCACCGUUUAGUUUGGACGGCUAUGACGUGCGCAAACCUAGUAUUGCAUUCGUAACUGGAACGAAAAAGCCGCUGAAGAACGAGGUACUGGCGCCAUUCGACCCGGAGGAAGCUAUUGGAGCGAACAGGGAAUUGAGCGGAGCACAGGACUUCCAAAUAAGCCACCAGUACCAGCAGCCUUUUAUCGAUGGAUUUAAUGUUGCCCAACAGCAGCAGCAUAGAAGUGCCUCGUUUGGCCGCCAGCUAUCAGAGCAGUCAAGUUUCAACAGUCAAACUAGUAAUGGAAUCGUGGAAAGCCAAAGAAGCCGUCAGGUUGCAAACCAUGUUCUUGAGAUCAUUCCUUCCAUUUCUUACUCGUAUCAGCUUGAAAACAAAGAUGUGAAACAGGAUUUCAAACCUGCAGCAGCUCCUUCGGCUUUCAAACGGUCGAAGAAUCAAGCCAUUUAUUAAAAAAUAGAAUGAUAUGUCGGUAUACAUAAUGUAAAAAUGUGAUGGGACUUUAUAUUUGGCAGUUUUUUAUUACAGACAACAGAAAGUCUGUAAGACAAAAAUAUAGGACUAAUGCACUACUGUAGUAAUUUAUAACCAAGUGACCAUAAAUAACUUGUGCACGCUGCUGUUGAUUUUUGUUGAAAAAUAUCAAAUUGAAAGUUUGCUGGAUUUUAGAUUGAGACGUCCUUGUUGGCUGUCAAUUUCUAAUUUCUGCAUUGAUGCUCGUCAUAUUGUAAAUCAUGUCAAUAUUUUGUGUAAAUGUGAAUAAUCACUUUUUUAUGAACCACA